AUGUAUCCGUUGAUCUUUGCACCUUUGGUGGGAGUAAAUAAUCAUGGGCAGACAAUAAUUUUGGCUUGUGCAUUCUUAAGCAACGAGACAACUAAUUCUUUUGAUUGGUUCUUUAAAGAAUUUUUAGAUGCAAUGCCUGGUGAUGCUCUGAGGAUGAUUAUUACUGAUCAAGAUCCAACAAUGGUGAAAGCUAUCUCUAAAGUACUCCCACAGACAUUUCACAGAUAUAUUUGGGCAUUUCUCAUAUUUAUACAACUUGUUGAUAGAUUGCCAGAUCAAUACAUCUUAAAGAGGUGGAUGAAAUCAAGAAAAGCUGAGACAGUUCUUGAUGAUGUCGGUGUGGAGAUAACAGAUAAUAGAGAUUUGCUUGCCAGGCGGAGUCGGUUAUGCCAAUAUGCUAUAGAUGUAAUUGAUAAGAAUAUGGGUAGCGAAGAAGCAAGUGGUUUGUUUUUAGAUUCAUUAAAGAGUGUUCCAGAGAAGUAUAAUUCCAUGAUGGCUGAUGGUGAGACUGUUAAGUCUGCAAUAGUGCCAGUUGAACAAAAAAGUCUUUCUUCUCAACACAUUUAUAAUGAACCUACUCAAGUAAGGGCCAAAGGAUGUGGGAAAAGAUUGAAGGCAGGGAAAGAGAAGGGCAGAUUGAAAGCAGCAAAGAAGGCAAAUGGUAAAGAGAGGAUACAAGUGACCCAAGUACAGAUGAGGAAGAGUAUUCCAGCACAUGAGUUGAUGAGUCUGCAAUAG